CACAAAAGAGAGAGAGAGAGGCUGAAACAAAGAAGUGAAAAUAACAGCAAAAAGUAGCAGCUGCUGCAGCUCCCCCGAAGCUUAUCUCAGCAGCAGAUACUCAACCCUGUUUGAGUAGCCUAGAAUAACACCAAUGGGAGAGGAGGAAAAGAAACCAGAGGAACAACCCAAGGCAGAGGAGAAAAAACCAGAGGAAGAGAAGAAGAAAGAAGAAGCAGCAGCAGCGGAAAAACCAAGCGAAGAGAAAAAACCGGAACAAGAGUCGAAAGAGGAAGUUGCUGCUCCGCCACCGCCACCGCCACCGGCCGAGAUUGUGCUCAAAGUGUUCAUGCAUUGCGAGGGUUGCGCUCGCAAGGUUCGUCGCUCCCUCAAAGGAUUCCCAGGUGUCGACGAUGUUGUCACCGAUUGCAAAUCUCACAAGGUGGUCGUUAAGGGAGAGAAAGCGGAUCCGUUGAAGGUUUUGGAGAGAAUACAGAGGAAGAGUCACAGACAGGUCGAGCUUCUUUCUCCGAUCCCGAAACCGCAAGAGGAGAAGAAGGUCCAAGAGGAAGAAAAGCCCAAGCCCACACCCGAAGAGAAGAAAGAAGAGGCUCAGAUUGUGAUGACGGUUCUGAAAGUUGGCAUGCACUGCGAAGCUUGCUCUCAGGAAAUCAAGAGACGCAUACAGAGAAUGAAGGGAGUGGAAUCAGCAGAACCCGAUCUGAAGAACUCACAAGUGAGCGUGAAGGGGGUGUACGAUCCAGCAAAGUUGGUUGAGUACGUGUACAAGAGAACCGGAAAGCACGCAGUGAUAAUGAAGCAAGAGCCAGAAAUGAAAGAGAAAGUGGAGGAAGCAAAAGAGGAAGCGAUGAAGAGUGAUGGCGAAGGGGAAGAAAACAAAGAGAAGAAGGAAAAAGAAGAGGCAAAGGGUGAAGAAGCCAAAGCAGAGGAACCAACAACACCAACAAUUACUGAAGACACCAACAAGGUUGUUCCAGAGGUUAAGAUUAAUGAAUACUUCUAUAACCCACCAAGGUAUGGCAUGGAGGUGUAUGCAUAUCCUGCACACCCUGCACACCCAGCGUAUUUCCAUUCCUACCCUCCCCAGAUUUUCAGCGAUGAGAACCCAAAUGCCUGCACUGUCAUGUAAAAAUUGAAGGUGUCAGGGGUGAUAUGGGAAUUAGGGGAAAUUGUGAAGUUUGGUGGGGGAUAUGAAUAUAGAUACCCUUUCCUGUGUUACCUGUACUGUGAAAGUACAAUGUAUGCAUAAGCUAUAGAAUUUUGUAAGACUUUCUGGUUCCUUGUUUAAGUAGAAUAUACUAUAUUACUUUAAAAAUACAGAACAAAA